AGGUCAUUAUAAGAAUAAGAGGAAGUAAAUUCUUCCAUAACCUCUGAUAAUUUUGAAAUCUUGAAGUGAAAAAUAAAUUUAUCACAGUAGAAUAGUAAAUUGUAGACAUAAUGGCAACUAAAACUAUAAUUUUAAGAUUAUAUAAAGCAAUGCUGAAAGAGUCCCAAAAAAUUCCUGCUUAUAAUUUCAGGAAAUAUGCCAUCCGAAGGGUUCGGGAUGGAUUUAGAGCAAAUAAAUAUUUAUCAAAUUCAGAUGCUUUACGAUUGAAAGUUGAGGAGGCUGAAACAAACUUGGAGGUCAUUCGAAGACAAGUGAUUGUAGGCCAGUUAUACACUGCUGAGAAAUUGGUUAUAGAACAUCAAUCAAAGUGAAAUAUCGGUUAGGAAUGAAUUAUUAGUUUCACAAAUUAUAAAGUUUAUCAGGUGUUUAUGGUGAAUCUCGGUUCAUGUUCUGCAUUAUCACUUUCUAAUAACAAAUACUAGUGAUGAACGUAGUAUAUAAUAAAAACCCAUUUAUUUUGAAUAUGAAAAAUAACUCGGGUUCCAUCAUGAUCACUGUUACGAUAUCUUUCAAUACUUUUUGUAGGAAUAAGUGUGAUUGCUUUUAGUUCUUUAUGUAAAAAAAAAUUAUAUGUUUGUAGAACACAGAUCUGUAUAUAAAUGUUUGAAAAAGUUAAA